CUAAUUUUGAAUGGCUAUUUCGACCAACCUAUUUAUAUUUCUAUAAAAUCAUUUUACAGUGCUGCUGGAGAUCCAGAUAUAACCAUUCUCACGGACGCCUUGGUAACUCACGACGGGCAUGUCUUUUGGCAGCCGCCAGCGAUCUAUAAGUCCUUCUGUCCAAUCGAUGUCACUUGGUUCCCAUAUGAUUCACAAAGAUGUGAGAUGAAGUUCGGUACGUGGACCUACACAGGACGAUAUGUAGAUUUGAAGCAGCUGCCAAAAGGUAUAGAAGAUGUUGUGACCGUUCAAAUGGAGAGUAACGACGUAGAAUAUAUGCAACAGGGAAUGGACUUGAGUUUCUUCUACAGGUACUUUCUGUUGAUUGCUUACCACUCACAUCGCCGGAUGAGGCAACGCCACAAAUUCCGUAGCCCGGCUUUGCCAUCCAAGCGCGCAUAUCUUCUUUUUUUAUGCUGGAAUCGGUGGCAAUUAAUGGUCACUAAUAGGGACCAGUGA